CCCUCAGAGCAGGAUUAUCCAGCCAGCAGCAGCAGCAUCAGUCCGAGGAUAUAUACAUUCCCCCAAAUAAAGGAUAACUCCCUUCAAAGCUAACACCAUGUUCAUCAAGUCUUUGCUGUGCUUCUCCCUGGCCGCGGCCCUCCUCAUUGCUGUCUGCCACUCCAGUCCGCUUCCGGACGAGAAUGGCAAGUAUAAUCCCAACAACGACGGCAGAUAUCGGGCCACCGAUGAUGGACGUUACCAUGCGAGUUCCCAAAACGAAGGCCGGAGUGGUUCGCAAGAAAGUUUAGGUCGCUACCAUCACAUGGCUCAGCCCUAUAACCAUGUGAGCGAUCAUCGUGAGCUCGGAGUGUACCAUCACAUUCCCUAUCCCUACGAUGGCGGAUAUGGACCCUAUUCCGGCCUGAAUCUUCCUUAUGUCCAUGAUGACAGGCCCUACAACCACGACCUGUACACAAGUACGACCACCAAGAAACCCACUACCACCACAAAAAGGACAACGACUACCACCACCACGACCACGACCACGCCCAGGAAUAUCCUGUUCAACUAUGAUGACGAGGGCGGCCACAAGAUUCUGCACCAGGAAGAGGUCCGUGCCAAGGACAAAUACGAUCAUGCUUACCUCACCGAGAAUGGAAUCUAUGGCGAGGAACAGGCCAAGCUCCAUCAUACCGGCGGCACCCAUGCCAAGGGCUACUACGAGUACACCGGUGACGAUGGCAAGCUGUACCGUGUGAACUAUGCCUCCAAUGAUGGUGGCUUCAUGCCCCAGGGCGAUCACAUCCAUCCCAUACCCGAGGCCAUUGCCCGCGCCCUUAAGUACGUCGAGGAACAGCACAAGGCCAAUGGAGGAGCCCAGUUCGAUCAUCGUGGCUUCCGUAUCAAUCACAUGACCAAGGAUAUCAAAGCUCAGAUCAAGAGCCUAGACACGGUGCAUAUGCCCAAGGAGCUGAGCGCUAAGAUACACAUGCUCGAGCACGAGGUGGAGCUGGCCGAGGAGGAGGAGCGCCAGGAGAAGGCCGAGAUGCUGCGCAAACGUAAAGCCAAGAACUAAGAGCGUGUUUCCCCCAGACUCGCCUCAUCCACAGCCAUAAAAUCUAAAUAUGUUCCCUGUUACCAAACCAAAACCCCUGACCAGUCCUAGUCCAUCCAGAACCCAACUCCAUUCCCCAUGCAUUGUCCAGGAUUAUUCCUUGGGCAAACACUAUAACAAGCCAUCGCAAAACCACAAAAAAAGGAAAAGGAAAAGGUAGAAGAGUGCCAGCAUCAUUGAAUUGCAACCGGAGAACAUCCGUUUAUAUAUAUAUCUAUGCAUAUAUAGUCCGCUCCCAUGUUAUUUCGUAUUUAUUUAUCUGUCGAACUUGUCGAAUU